AUGAAGACUAUCCACAUCCCCAGUAUAGGCGCCGCAGGGGAGUGCAAAAUGCCACCGGCAAAGACUUGCACACGGUUUUACAACCUCAUCAGCCCAGUAAUCUUCAAGCAUGAUAUUCGGCAGCAUUACGCAUCGUCAUUGCAUUUGUCGGUCAAAAGAAACAAGAUUGAGGGUGUCGCGGCUUCACUUCGCCACGGCGCUGAUAUCAAUCAGCCUGAUCGGUCGUUGAUGCACAUUGAAGAAAAAAUGCUAUCAGACCAUCGAUUCCCGGAUUUGGGAACCCCAGUUGAAACGUCUUUGACCGCUCUGCAUUGGGCGUCUUUAUAUGGAUGCACAGAUCUGGUACAUUACCUCCUCGAGUCUGGCGCCGACGUCCACCAAAGGGCCGACAUGGGCUUCUAUCACUUUUUCAGCCACGAGUCUUAUAGCUUGGAGAAGUUAGAAACCAAUGGAGAUGAUCCCCAUAGAGUUUUGUUCUCCGUUACGAUCGCAGAAUAUAUCAGCAAUCUGGGGAGACACGGAAUGGGCAAUGUGAGCGAUCCGUUACCUUUGCCCAUGCGGGCUAACUCGCUCUUCUUUGCCCUGAAAGGCAGUUUCAGUCGCGCAAACCGCUGUAAGUGGGAGUCGGCGUACGUUCAUCCUGGGCAGCGUAAUGAAUUGUAUUUGGACACUUUCGUUGAUGACGAUACAACUGGCUCUCGUCUCAAGAUUGUCAAGGCGCUGAUCAAGGCUGGGUCAUCCCUGCUUACUCGGGAGAGGGGAAAAGUUCAUGCACUUCACCAAGCUUGUGCAUAUCGAGACGUUGAGGUAGCUCGGUUUCUUCUGGAGGAAAUGGAAGUCGAUCCAAACACUAGAGAUUCCAAGGGCGACACCUCUCUUCACUACGUGGCUGCCAGUAAUUAUGAGUUCGAUCCACGCACACAGAAGAUUGUGAACCUCCUCAUCGACAAAGGGGCAAAAGUCGAUGCCCAGAAUGCAGAUGGACAAAGCCCCGCUGACAUCGGCUUGUACACGGAAUAUAAGUAA